GCCGGCUGCUCGCCGUUCACCUGCCCGCCCGUCCUCCCUUUCCCUUCCAGCGAAGCUCGGCUCGGUCGGAGCGUGCGGGGGCGGCCCGAAGGUGCCCCCAGGAACGCGUGCCCGCCCCGGGAGCAGAGGAGGCACGGGAGCGGCGGCGGCGGCGGCUGUCCCGGCUGCCGGCGCUUCGGGAAGCUGGCCGCGAAAUUUAGCUUUCUGGGCGAGGAGGGUCCGGUGCCGCCUGUGGUAAGGGUCGCCCCAAGGCCGGCGUGUCAGCUCAGCCCUGCGGAGGGCUCGCUCGCAGGACCAUGUCUUCCGGUCGCGGCCGAUGGCCGGUUGGCUUGCUGGCGAUCACCUGCCUGAUGGCCAGGCCGUCCCUCGGUCAAGAGUGCUCCGUGGAGAAAAUGGAAAACGCCGUCAUCGAUAUAAAUUUAUCCCUGCCCCAAGGCAUCAGAGGCGCUGAGCCAGUGUACGCCCCAGCGCCGGAGGCUUGCGUUCGUGCCUGCUGCUCGGGGGAAAAGUUCUCAGGAGACAAGAAGUGUAAUUUGAUGGUUUUUGACACUCGAAGGACAAGUAGACAUCCAAACUGCUACCUGUUUUACUGCCCUAGUGCUGAGGCCUGUCCGAUGAAACCUGCCACAGGACUUGUGAGCUACAAGAUAACUAGAGACACCCACGUCCCAGAAGAUACACCGUUUAAAAGUGAGGACUUCUCAUCAAAUGGAUAUUCUUUGUCUUUAGAUGCUGGAGACUUUAUUUCUCACAGUCAGACUGACCAUCAGAAUCGUACAGGUGCUUUGCAACAUCAGGCAUCUGAGCUCCAGAACCACAUGGCUGAGCAUUUGGACAACACUGAAUUUCAUACAGUUUUUCCUGAAUCUAAAGGGGCAAAACAUCCUCAGAGCUUAGACCCCAUCUCCAGACAGGAAGUAACCAAUCUGUCCCCAAAUACAUCUUCUGAUAUCCAAGUUGGAAAGCCCUCUGCUUCGUUCCUCACCACUCAGUAUCAUGUUCUUGAACUCAGCAGUAUUACUCCUUUGCCUACGAAUACCACCAGAUCAGGAUCUCAUACAACUUCUCUGCAGCCUAGUGGUACUAAACCUACUACUGUCACCACCACAGCUAGCUUUCUGCCUACUGUGACCGUUGGAGCUAAAUCUGAUAUCCCUGCUGCCACCAUCUCUGUCACUCAUCUUCCUCUUUCUACUUCCACAACUUCUGCUUCUACUUCUACAACCAAGUGGGUAACCACGAGUUCUAGAUCUGCUACCACUCCUUCAGGGCUAAAAACUCCAGCCAUCCCUCCUGAGCCAACAGUUGUCUCUUCCAAUGAUAACAGCCAUGUACCCCUCCUCUCUUUUUCAGGUUUUGCUCUGUCUACUAGUAAUUCCCCCAUGGCUUCUCAAAACCCUCAAGGUUCUAACCCUUCUGAUUCAGAAAGCUACCUGGCAGAAGGAGUUCCGAGAGGGGAAGGUAUUAUUUGGCUAGAAGAAAAAAGCAGCCUUGUAGCAGCUUUGCUUUUUGGGAUGAUAUUCUUGCUGCUAGUUAUUGUAUUGACAGGGAAGAAAAUACAUGAAUCUCUUCAGAAGAGGCGUUAUACCAGGCUGGAUUACUUGAUCAAUGGAAUAUAUGCUGAUGUGUGAUGGGAAGAGGGAUUAAAAUUGUGAGGAGUAUCUCUCAUAUUUGAGAAGGCAACUCUGAAAUGGAACCAUAGAUACUGAAAUCUCAGAUGAGGAUGGAUUCCAUUUUUGGACACUAAUGGGAAAGCAACAGAUGGCUUUAGGGGAGAGGAGAAUUCCUUUUUUCUAUGCUGAACUAUAAUGUCUAUAAUUUUUGAUUGAUUACAAAAUCUGGAGAAUAAACACUAAAAUUCUAGUUAAGCUAAGAACUUCUUAUAUUUAAGGAAAUAAAGCAUUGGAAGAGCUUAAUCUGUACUAUCUCAAGAUCAAUGGAAGAGAAGUACACCUAAUAAAUUGAGUACCUAUGCA